AUGGGAGCAGGUAUGCAGCUCAACUUAGGGAUGGGAGAAAGUAUGCAGCUCUACUUAGGGAUGGGAGCAGGUAUGCAGCUCAACUUAGGGAUAGGAGAAAGUAUGCAGCUCAACUUAGGGAUGGGAGAAAGUAUGCAGCUCAACUUAGGGAUGGGAGAAAGUAUGCAGCUCUACUUAGGGAUGGGAGCAGGUAUGCAGCUCAACUUAGGGAUGGGAGAAAGUAUGCAGCUCAACUUAGGGAUGGGAGAAAGUAUGCAGCUCAACUUAGGGAUGGGAGAAAGUAUGCAGCUCAACUUAGGGAUGGGAGAAAGUAUGCAGCUCUACUUAGGGAUGGGAGCAGGUAUGCAGCUCAACUUAGGGAUGGGAGAAAGUAUGCAGCUCUACUUAGGGAUGGGAGCAAGUAUGCAGCUCUACUUAGGGAUGGGAGAAAGUAUGCAGCUUAACUUAGGGAUAGGAGAAAGUAUGCAGCUUAACUUAGGGAUGGGAGAAAGUAUGCAGCUCUACUUAGGGAUGGGAGCAAGUAUGCAGCUCAACAUAGGGAUGGGAGCAGAUGUGUAA